UUCACCUUUAACUGGAGCAUUCAUUCGAACGUGUAGACCGACAGGGGGAUCGAGUUGUCCAUUGACUUCAAUUGUCUUUACCUCUCAUUUACAGGAACUCUCCAAAUCUUGGCAGAUCAGUGAGUUGAACUUGAGUCAAUUAACUUUUGCACGCCUUCUACAUCUACCAUGUCUUCCAUAAUGGAGCACAUCGAUCAAACCACCAUCCUCUCUCUCCUCGGCGUCGUCGCAAUUCUCGUAUCCUCCUACAUUCUCUCCAUCCGCGUUCUUGCACCCACUACCCCUUCCUCCCUUCGCAUCCUCUUCAUCUGGCACUUCUUUGAUUUCCUCAUCCACACUAUCUUCGAAGGCUCCUUCCUCUACAACUGCUUUUUCUCUCGCAUCCCCUUCGAUUCAUCAAUUGCCCAUCCAGUCGCUAUCUCUAAUUUCUUGGGCACAAGCGAAUAUGUAUAUGGAGCACAAUAUGCAGAUAAUUGGGCGAGUAAAUUGUGGAUGGUUUAUGCGCAAGCAGAUCGAAGAUGGGCGGGUGCAGAUUUGACAGUGGUUAGUUUGGAGUUGUUGACUGUGCUUGGGGCUGGACCUUUGGCACUUUGGAUUUGUUGGGGGAUUGUGAGGAAGGAUUGGAGAGUCAACUUUUGGAUGGUGGUGCUUGCUACGGGGGAAUUGUAUGGUGGUUUCAUGACAUUUGCACCAGAAUGGUUAAUCGGCUGUAAGAAUUUGGAUACGAGUAAUUUUAUGUUCAAAUGGGUGUACUUGGUAUUCUUCAACAUGUUGUGGGUUUUCUUACCAAUAUAUGCAAUGUAUGUGGCAUUCUGUGAUAUUGGUAAUGCGAUGCAGUUGAGGAAUAGCGUUAUCAGUGCAAAGGUAGAGAUGAUGAAGCGAGAGAAGAAGAAGUGAGGUUAAAGGGAGUGAGUAAUAUGGGGAGACAUCUUGGGCUUGUUAGGAUACCUGGGUUUGGGAGUCGUUUAAGUUAUAUCAUACCUCUUAAGACUAUAUGUUGUAUCUACAUCUGUUGUAUCUACAUAUAUUGUAUCUACAUAUAUUGUAUCUACAUAUAUUGAUCU